GUCGGCGACACCUGCAAGUAUGGACCCCUUCACUGAGAAACUUCUAGAGCGAACCCGUGCUAGAAGAGAGAAUUUACAGAAGAAGAUGGCUGGGCGUCCCGUAGCAACAAUGCGGACAACAACACAAACAAAAAGGAGCAGAGAACCUUUGUCAGAAGCUGGUAAUCAGCCACUUCCACCUAGCGAAGAAGCAAAACCAAGCACUAAGCCAUCACCAUCCAAAAGACGUUGCUCAGACAACGUGGACGUUCCAGUUACCAAUAUGGAGAAUUCAUACCCAGUUAAUUUAUCUUCUAUGCACCAUGAAAUGACUCCUACCUCUGAACCUGUUCCUCUGUCCACCAAGGUAGAAGAGCAGACCUCUAAAUCUGAACCAGCUUCUAUUUCAGUUAAAACACGUAUGCAAAAGCUGGCUGAACAGCGUCGCUGCUGGGAUAAUGAUUGGUCUGAAAAUUCUUGCACAUCUCCCAUCCAAUCAAGUGAGCAUGUUAUUUCUCCACCCAAACAACAAACCCUUGCAGCUGAUACUCCAAUAGGACGAAGAGGCCGUCUAGCUGACCUUGCUGCUACAAUUGGUUCGUGGGAAAAUGACCUAAGUCAUCCAUCUGCAAAACAAAACAAUACACAAGAACAGCCUGGUACUGCUUGUUUAUCCAAAUUGUCCACUACAAGUGGAGCAUCUGCUAGAAUCAAUAGUGGCAGUGUGAAGCAGGAUGCUACAUCCUGUUCGCAAAGAGCUGUUGAGUCAUGUGUGAAUAAGUCAGCAAUCUCUAAGAUAUCGGGAGCUAAUAGUUCCAUAAAAACCUCAGGAGUAACUAGCAAUCAUUUGAAAGAAACUGAGGUUCGAGAACUACUGCCGCAAGAAAAGGCCAGUCUUAAACCACUAUUGAAGCCUUCAUUAUCCCAACAACUUCCUACCAAAGAGGAGCAAAACAAAGGAACACAUGUACAAAUUGAUUGCAAGGAUAAGCCAACCACACCAGGAGGAUCAGGCAUCAAGUCCUUUCUGGAGCGUUUUGCAGAACGUUGCCAAGAGCAUACUUCGCAAAGCCCUGUUACUGCUGGAGGACAUAGAACUCCCAUUAUCACUCCUAAUACAAAGAUAAUUCAAGAAAGACUAUUUAGGCAGAAUGAAACAUCUUCAACUGCCAGCCUAGCACAGCAGCUCAAACAGGAACGUGAAAGAGAACUUGCAUCCAUUAGAGGUCGCUUUGACAAGGGCAACUUUUGGAGUGCUGAAAGAGCAGAGAACUCAAAGAACAAACAUCCAGAAAAAAAAUCGGAGAGUCAAAUUCUAGUUGAUCUGAAGCAUGCCCCCAAUUCAGACAUCUGCUCCCAGUUAGCAGAAGAGAAUGCCACAACAAAUAAGAUAGUAGUAGAAUGUGUGUCUUCAGGUACUUCAGAAUAUGAGAAGUCAGAAGAGCCAAUUCAUCUGAAAAUCUUCUCACCAAAGACUCCUGAAAAAACAGUGUCAAACUCAAAGCUUCAACAACUACCUGACAAACAGAUUGGUGGAGAAUUUAAAGCUGAGGUGAAUGACGAAAUGAAUAGUUCAAAGGUGAUAAGUGACAUUUUUGAUGAAGUUCUUCAAGACGAUGGGCCUGACAUAGAGAAACUUAAAAAAGAGAUGAGUAUGACCUUAGAAGCUGACAUUGAGGAUGAACAGGAAGAGUCACUGAAUAUUUCCUCAAUGUCCCUCCUAACACCUUUAACAGAAUCUGUUGCUGUUGUAAGUCCACAGGUUUUUGCUUCCCCUAGUAAAACAGUAGGAGAGCAAAGCAGUGAAAGUGAUGACAGUCCAAAGUCUAGCACGUUACAUAGAAUAUCUGUCUGUAGAACUGAAUCUGGAAGCAGCAUUGGAUCCUUGUCAGAGGAGCGUAACCUCCCAUAUAGUAUUGAUGCCUAUCGGUCUCAGAGAUUUAAAGACACUGAUCGUCCUUCAAUAAAACAAGUAAUUGUUCGUAAAGAAGAUGUUUCUUCCAGGCUUGAAGAUAAAAGGAAUGGACCUUCUGAUCAAAUUAACAUUAAACGCAAAUUGCAGGAGCUGAAUAAUGAAAUCAAUCUGCAGCAGACUGUCAUUCAUCAAGCCAGUCAGGCUCUUAACUGUUGCAUUGAUGAGGAACAUGGGAAAGGGUCACAGGAAGAGGCGGAAGCUGAGAGAUUACUUCUCAUUGCAACUGAAAAAAGAACGGCAUUAUUAGAAGAGCUAAACAGGCUGAAAAAGGAAGGACCUCAGAGCAAGAAGAUUAAAGCUGAUCCUAUGCCUAGUGGAGUUUCUCCUUCCAAAGGAUCUGUUACUCUGUCAGGAAUGCAUCUACCUCUAAAAGCAGACUUUGUAUGCAGUACUGCCCAGAAAUCAGAAACAGCAAACUACUACUAUGUAAUCAUAUUAAAAGCGGGAACAGAAAACAUGGUUGCAACGCCAUUAGCAAGUACUGCAAAUUCCCUGAAUGGAGAUGCUCUUACUUUUCCAACAACAUUUACACUGCAAGAUGUGUCCAGUGACUUUGAGAUAAAUAUUGAAGUUUACAGCUUGGUACAGAAGAAGGAAUUCACAGGCACUGAUAAAAGGAAAAAAGCAGCUAAGUCAAAGGCUAUUACUCCGAAGAGAUUACUGACAUCCAUUACUACUAAGAGUAAUCUUCUUGCACCAGCCAUGGCAAGUCCAGGUGGACCGAAUGCUGUACGCACAAGUAACUUUGUUCUUGUUGGUUCACACACAAUUUCACUCUCUUCAGUAGGAAAUACCAAAUUCCUAUUGGACAAGAUAAAUUAUGGAGUUAAAGAAAGAGAGCUACUGGGUUGUUUGUUCCAAGAUAAGGUUCCUUUUCUAUCUCCCCUGGAAGGCCAUAUAUAUCUGAAGAUUAAAUGUCAAAUAGAUUCUUGUGUGGAGGAAAGAGGCUUUUUGACUAUGUUUGAAGAUGUUAGUGGGUUUGGGGCUUGGCAUCGACGCUGGUGUGCUCUUUCUGGAAACUGUAUCUCUUACUGGACUUACCCAGAUGAUGAAAAAAGAAAGCAUCCAAUGGGCUCAAUAAACCUGGCAAACUGCACUAAUCAUAAGAUUGAACCAGCCAACAGAGAAUUCUGUGCUCGGCCAAACACUUUUGAGCUAAUUACUGUUCGGCCCCAGAGAGAGGAUGACAAGGAAACACUAGUUAGUCAAUGUAAAGACACACUCUGUGUUACCAAGAACUGGUUAUCUGCUGAUACUAAAGAGGAGCGUAAUCUGUGGAUGCAAAAGCUCAACCAGGUUCUUGUUGACCUUCGCAUGUGGCAGCCUGAUGCAUGCUACGUCCCUAUUGGAAAGCCUUGAACGGAAAGAAACCUCAUCGAGCUUGCUUGCAAAGCCAAAUACAAACUGUUGCUCUUUUCAUUUGGACUUUAUAUAAAGUCCUUUGGGAUUAUUCAUUAUACUAUGCUUUAAUAUCUGGAAGGGGAUAUGUUGUAUCGGACUCCUUGCUGAAUAUAGAGUUCUAACUCUUCUAGCAUUGAAGUAUGAUAGCUGUCUUUAAGCUUUUUCAC